GACUCAGGAACCACACACAAUCAUUCUUAGGCUCCAAAGUCUCUUUUGUUUUACUCCCUACCUUCUCUAAUCACAUUACUGAGAAAUUUACAGAGUUACUGUUGGCAAUUACCAACUGUGAGGAGAGGCUCAGCCUAUUUAGAAACAGAAUUCGACUAACUAAAGGCCUCCAGGUAGAUGUGGGCAGCCCUGUGAAAGUACAGCUGCGAUCUGGGGAAGAGAAAUUUCCAGGAGUUGUGCGCUUCAGAGGACCGUUAUUAGCGGACAGGACAGUGUCGGGGAUUUUCUUUGGAGUAGAAUUGCUGGAAGAACAUCGUGGCCAAGGUUUCACUGAUGGGGUAUAUCAAGAGAAACAGCUUUUUCAGUGUGAUGAAGAUUGUGGCGUGUUUGUGGCAUUGGACAAGCUGGAGCCCAUAGACGAUGAUGACAAUGGAUUGGAAAGUGAUUUUGCAGCCCUAGGGGAUACCAUGCAGGCUGAACCUCCCCCUUUGGAAAAAAACUCCAGAGUAUCUUUGAAGGUCGGAGAAAGUGUUGAAUCUGGAAAAGUAAUAUUCUGUGAUGUUUUGCCAGAAAUAGAGAGUCUAGGAUAUUUUGUUGGUGUGGACAUGGAUAACCCUAUUGGCAACUGGGAUGGAAUGUUUGAUGGAGUACAACUUUGUAGCUUUGCAAGUGUUGAAAGUACAAUUCUUCUGCACGUCAAUGAUAUCAUUCCAGAGAGCAUGACACCGGAAAGGAGGCCUCCCAAACUUGCCUUUAUGUCAAGAGGUGUUGGUGACAAAGGUUCAACUAGUCAUAAUAAACCAAAGGUUACAGGAUCUACCUCAGACCCUGGAAGUAAAAGCAGAUCUGAAUUAUUUUAUACCUUAAAUGGGUCAUCUGUUGACUCACAACCACAAACCAAAUCCAAAAAUUCAUGCGAUAUUGAUGAAGUUGCAGAAGACCCUGCAAAAUCACUAACAGAGCUGUCUCCAGACUUUGGACAUUCAUCACCUCCACCACAACCUCCUUCCAUGAACUCCUUAUCCAGCGAGAACAGAUUGCACUCUCUACCGUUCAGCCUGACCAAGAUGCCCAAUACUAAGGGCAGCAUUGCUCACAGCCCACUGUCACUGUCAGUGCAGUCUGUGACGGGCGAGCUGAACAGCACGCCUGUCCAGGAGAGUCCACCUUUGCCCAUCUCUUCUGGUAAUGCAUACGGCCUAGAGGUGGGCUCACUGGCUGAAGUGAAAAAGAAUCCCCCAUUCUAUGGGGUUAUCCGUUGGAUUGGCCAGCCGCCUGGGCUCCGUCACGUGCUAGCUGGGCUGGAACUGGAGGAUGAAUGUGCGGGCUGUACAGAUGGCACGUUCAGGGGCACGCGCUAUUUCACCUGCGACGUGAAGAAGGCUCUGUUUGUGAAAUUGAAGAGCUGCAGACCGGACUCUAGGUUUGAGUUUCUGGAGCCUGUUUAUAAUCAGAUUGAAAGGUGUAAUUCUUUAGUAUUUGGAGGCUACUUAAGUGAAGUAGUAGAAGAAAAUACUCCACCAAAGACGGAAAAAGAAGGUUUAGAGAUAAUGAUUGGAAAGAAGAAAGGCAUCCAGGGCUAUUACAAUUCUUGUUACUUGGACUCAACUUUAUUCAGCUUAUUUGCUUUUAGUUCUGUCCUGGAUACUGUGUUGCUCAGACCCAAGGAAAAGAAUGAUGUGGAGUAUUAUAGUGAGACCCAGGAGCUACUGAGGACAGCAAUAGUCAAUCCUCUGAGAAUAUAUGGAUAUGUGUGUGCCACAAAAACUAUGAAACUGAGGAAAAUACUUGAAAAAGUUCCUGCUGCAUCAGGAUUUACAUCUGAAGAAAAAGAUCCUGAAGAAUUUCUAAAUAUCCUGUUUCAUGAUAUUUUAAGGGUUGAGCCAUUGUUAAAAAUAAGAUCAGCAGGUCAGAAAGUCCAAGACUGCGACUUCUAUCAGAUCUUUGUGGAAAAAAAUGAGAAAUUUGGAGUUCCUACAAUUCAACAGUUACUAGAAUGGUCUUUUAUCAACAGCAACCUGAAAUUUGCAGAGGCACCAUCAUGCUUGAUUAUUCAGAUGCCUCGGUUUGGAAAAGACUUCAAAAUGUUCGAAAAAAUUUUCCCUUCUCUAGAAUUAAAUAUAACGGAUUUGCUUGAAGACACUCCCAGGGAGUGUCGCAUCUGUGGAGGACUUGCGAUGUUUGAGUGUAGAGAUUGCUAUGAAGACCCCGACAUCACAGCAGGGAAGAUCAAGCAGUUCUGUAAGACCUGCUGCACUCAGGUUCACCGCCAUCCUAAGAGAAUGAAUCAUACCUAUCACCCAGUAUCACUUCCCAAAGACUUGCCUGACUGGGACUGGAGACACGGCUGCAUCCCCUGCCAGAAGAUGGAGUUAUUUGCUGUUCUCUGCAUAGAAACGAGCCACUAUGUUGCUUUUGUGAAGUAUGGGAAGGAUGAUUCAGCCUGGCUCUUCUUUGACAGCAUGGCUGAUCGAGAUGGGGGUCAGAAUGGCUUCAACAUUCCACAAGUGACACCCUGCCCUGAAGUGGGAGAGUACUUGAAGAUGUCUCUGGAGGAGCUGCACUCCUUGGAUUCCAGAAGGAUUCGAGGCUGUGCACGCAGACUUCUUUGUGAUGCGUACAUGUGCAUGUACCAGAGUCCAACCAUGAGCUUGUACAAAUAACAUGUCAUCUGAAAGGGGCAGAGGCCAAGCACAAAGCUUAACACCAUGUGUCUUCCAGCUGGCACCCAUUAUGGGCAAUGGGUGUCUUUUUUGUUGAUGGCCCUUUAGCAAAGGAUUCCUGUGUUUUUAAACAAAUUAUUUUUGUGUUCUUGAAGUAUUUAAUAAGCAUUUUGCACUCUAGGAAGUAUGUUUUGUUGGUUUUUUAA